CAUUAAAUUUGUAUUAUUGGUAUGUAGCCUGAAUAAUAGUAUCAGAAUAGUGAUUUUUUCUGUAGUGAAUGUAAUCGUUUUGUAAUCCCAUUACGAAAAAAGCAAUGGGCGGGUUUUAUGCAUCGACUGUAAUCUCAUGGAUGUUAUGACGGAUAAACCUAAAAUAACUUUGAUAUGUAUAGUUCUGUAGUAAAAUAAUUACUAAACAUAAUGAAUGAUAAAAAAUUUGAGAGCCUGAGUCACGAGGUUAAUAUUAUCGGGACUGAAAAGACAGUUAUCAUAGAGAAGAAGUGUUCAAUCAAAUCAGGCACAUGGAGUUUCGGAAAAAGUUCACAGCAGUUGUGGAGUUUCACUGGUAAAAGUAGUAUGUCUACCAUGCAACGGAAUUAUAACUCAUUGCACAAGCGCCUGUCUAGUUCACAUAAUUCACUAAGUGAUUCUACAAGUAAAAAAGUAGACGAUUCAAUGUUUAUUACGCAAGCAAUGUCACACGAUGCUCUAGACGACAACAAGAUACCAGAUUUCUAUAAUGUUCCUCUCGAUUCGGACAUAUAUUCAACGCCUAUAGAUUUCAUCAAUCCUUAUAAAGCUGAAUCAACGUUGCAAAAAAAAAUCAGUAAACCAGGACCAUUUCAAAAUACAGAAUUUAUGAUCAAUGAAGGGCAAAUAUCUUCAACAAAAGAUUUUGAAAGCAAAAAACGCGUAUCAUCAAAACAUACCCAGACAUAUACACUCGAUUGCGAUCAUCGCCGAACACGUUUCAAAAUUUCCAAUAAAAGGGAAGAUUGCAACAAGAAUAAUUUUUCGAUUAAUUUAAAACAAAAAAUUUGCAACAUUUUCCGCAUAAGUAAACGUCAGCAAUAUUUAAGGAGUAAGAAAACGAUUCUUGAUGGUCAUGUCAAACAAAAUGGCAGUGCAAAGUCAAAAUCUAUAAACGAUUAUUACAAGAAGAACAGUGUCUCAACACGAAAGCUACCACCAUUGCCAAUGACAGUUGAUAAAUCAUUGACAAAUGGAGUUUCCUUGAAUGGAAUCAUACAGACUAUUAUGCCUUUAAGGCACGAUAGAGAUAGUCAUGUUAUGGAAUUCACUGCGAGUAUUGACAAAGUUAAGGAAUGUGGAUGGUACUGGGGUCCAAUAUCAUCGGAAGGCGCUGAAAAAAUUUUAUCGAAUGAGCCAGAUGGAAGUUUCUUAGUAAGAGACAGUUCAGAUGAUCACUACAUUUUCUCUUUGACGUUCAAAUUGAAUGGUUCUGUUCGUCAUGUAAGAAUCGAUCAAGAUCAAGGGGCAUUCUCUUUUGGCUCUUGUGCCAAAUUUAAGUCGCGUACUAUAAUGGAGUUUAUCGAAAAUGCGGUGGAGCACUCUAGAAGCGGAAGAUAUUUAUUUUUUCUCCAUAGGCGACCAGAACACGGCCCGAUGCGUGUACAACUAAUAAACCCAGUCUCCAGAUUCAAACAUGUUCAAAGCUUACAGCAUUUAUGCAGGUUUGUCAUACAUAGGACGAUUAUAAGAAAGGAUUUAAUUCAAACCUUACCUUUACCCAGGAGGGUAUUAGAUUAUUUAAAUUAUAAAAAUUGCCUUUCUGAGCGCAUUGAAAUGGAUAUGAUCUCGAAGUCUUGAUGAAGUACGGGAAUGUUCACCUAUCGAAGCAAAUCAAACAGAUUUGCUUAAAAAUAAAAUUGACAUAA